CGAUCAGCGGUGAAUUGUGUUCGAACAACAGGGGGAAAGUGUGUGCGAGAGAGCGAGCAAACGAACGAGCGAGCGGUGGUGGUGUGUGCAGAGGAGGAAAAUUUUUCAAAAUGGCCAACUUUUGCGGAGCCGUGGUCGAAACGCGAGUGCUUGUCGCGCGUAUUGUUGCGUAAAAAAGGUGUGAUUUUGAUCCGGAAAACGGUUCCGGACCGAGCCAACAGUGUCGCGAAUCGAAACGGCACAUCGGAUGGAAGUGUGCGGGCGCCUAAUUCCGUGGAAAACCGCCGGAUGUAUGCUCGAAGCUAGCGUUUUCGGUUGCUCGCCACUGGACGAGUGAAGCAGGAAGAAGAAGAAAAGACAGCAGCAGCAGUAGCAGAAAAGAAGAACGGAGGCCAGCCGAGAUCUCGAAGAAAAGUGAGAAAAUGAAAUUUUGUUGUCAGUUGUGAGCGAAUAAGCGUAGUGUAGUAUUAAGGGAUUACAUUGUUCGGAAAUCGGGAAGUAGCUGAAAACGGGAAUCCCAAGGAUUCACAUUGGAUUGGGAAGAAAUCAGGAACGAGGUUUCCAUUAUUCUAGCCAACUGUUGAAACGCGGGGCUAAUAAAUGAUAAUGACCAAGUGUGGUGGUAAUGUUACUUCUGAAGUUGAACCGUUGAACCGCAGCAGUACAUGUGUGCUCCAAUUGUCUGCAGCAGAUAGAUCAUCCCCGUAGAGAAGAAGCAGUACCACGAAAAGCAAAUUAAUAUAGAGCAAUCUGGCUGCCAGUAAGUAGUGUAAACCUCGGUGCGAAAUUGUGAAUGACUGCUUUCCCCAUUCGCGCCGCCGCGGGUAUAUGAUGGUGUGUUUGUGUUUGGCAUCUGUUUGUGUCCAGCUCGAUUCGUCUCCGUUCAUGACAAAACAAUAAAUAACGAGAGUGGGAAGAAGAAGAAAAACAUUCAAAUGCCAUUGCAAGUGAUAAAAUACAUUAAGUUUCGAUCAGUGCACGUGAAGAGUACUCCGCGGAAGAAACGAUACCACUUACGUGCGCGUGUGUGUUUGUUGUGUAUGUGUGAGAAUAAAUAAAUACACAGAGAGAAAAAAAGAAGAAAGAAGGCUUAACCAGUGGAUGGAACAGGUGAAAGCGAUAAGAAGAUAACAAAGUAGCGUGAAGACUCUCCCUCGCUUUUUCGUUAAUUGUCGAAUCUCAAUUUGCCUACUGACGUAAAGUUCGUGGUAGCGUUACAUACAGUUGUCAAAAACUGUCUGUCAAUAAGCCUGGCGAAGGAAAGGCAGGACGCAUAAUCUCGUUCGAAUUUCGACGCCACGUGCCGAUCAAGAAUUCACAGUGAGAAAAACAAAGAGAGAGAUAGAAAGUGAUACCGUCGCGCUUUCGUAAAUGAAGUCGUCCACCGGAUCCAGGCUAGACUCCAGUGGUGUCUAGCGACAGGCAGACUUUCGCCGUUGUUCCGGUAGCUCCUUCGAUAGAGCCGUGUGUCGAGGUUUCCCCAGCGCAGCCCCAGCAUCGACCGACCCGGGACGAAAAAGUGGCUGCAACGAAACGAGGGAAUAUCGGCCAGCGCGCAGGCUGUCGCCGUGACCAACAACGGCCACUUUACGGUCGGUCUCGCUCGCCUGCGGUGCUAGGAGGUUCGAUCUUGAGGGGCUAAUAUGGCCACACCGCCAACCGAGGGAGAAAUCAGAGUGGGUCCCGGCCAUCAGGUAAACGAUAUCUAUGCUAUUUUACCAGACUAUCAGCCAAUUGAGAAUUACCGCUCCGAGGACGAUGAAGACCGCGAUCUAGAGGAUCCGAGAUGGACCCCCGGUCUCUACAUUGAUAACGAUCUGUUGAUGUACCUGACCGCCGCGCGAUCGAUUUCCGCAUUUCAGGGCAUGUGCGAAGAGGAUGGUUGCAUGGCAGCUAGUCGCGACGAUACCACGAUAAAUGCAUUUGAUGUUUUACACGAUUCCGGAUACGACGCCGGCAAGGCGCUAGAAGCACUACUCAAGUGCCCAGUGACGAAGGGAAUCGACAAGAAGUGGACCGAAGAGGAAACCAAACGUUUCAUCAAGGGUCUGCGACAGUUUGGAAAGAACUUUUUCCGUAUACACAAGGAUUUACUGCCACACAGAACCACGCCCGAACUGGUGGAAUUUUACUACCUGUGGAAGAAGACACCGGGCGCGAACAACAAUCGGCCGCACCGCCGCCGACGGGCCAGCUCGCUGCGACGACGCAACACGCGUACGAACAGUAAUGCUAGCAGCAACAACACACCGUCCAACAGCAACAAGAAGGAAGCAACGCCCGAACCGGCCGUGACGGAAUCCUCGCGACCAUCGCCGGUUUCGAAGGAGGAGAACAGCUCGGUAACCGAGGACGAUAUCAGCGAGUGCGAUAGCGAUUCCAGCGCUACCAAGGCAAUCAAGGAAGGUGCGGCGGCAGCAGUAGCAGCGGCAGCGGCAGCAGUGGCGGCAGCAGCAGCAGUGGCUGGUUCGACAUCAGCAUCAUCCACGGCAACACCGACAGCAGCGGCAGCAGCAGCAGCGGGAGAGACGGGUGAAGAUUCACCGUCGAGAAUGCGAACUCGCCAGAAACCAACGGCGAAGGAGCAACAACAGCAACAGCAAACCAACGCCAAUAGCAACAGCAGCGGGAAACGUCCCAAGCGAGGAGGAACGGAAACUCCCGACACCACCCCGGUUGAUAGUCCCAAGACGCCGACGAAGGAGAAGGAAUCCUCCGGGAAAGGACAGAAAACAAAAAGCAAAACGGAGACGCCAAAUAAGGGUAAGAAGCGGGCCAAUGAAUUGGAUCCGGAUGGAAGUGACGAGAAAGAUGCUCAGAAAAGGAAGCGAGCUGAUAGUCCCACUGAAAGUAUCACCACGGACAGUCGACCGGGUUCUGUGCUCGAUGAGGCAGAGUCCAACAGCGAAACGGCAACAGAGGUUAGCAUCAAUGUUAGCGCUGCAGCGGUCACACCGUCGGCGCCAUCGGCCAAGGACGAGGAAAGAGACCCUCUAUCACUUGGACCGGCAGUCGAACCAAUGUCUACCGAAUCGCCGGAGAGUAGCAACCCGCCACCUUCGAUUACCAAAACAGGUGACGAGAAGGAGGAUGAUGGAACUGCGGCAGCGGCUCCAGCGUCAGUUACGGCAGCUCUUCCUACCGCGGCCGACACUGCUAAACUUCCCGAGACAGAAGACAUCACGCCACCUUCAACGGCAGCACCAACACCGGUAGCGACACCUGCUCCGGUUCCUGUUCCAACACCAGAGGAGUCUCUGGCCAGCGUUCCAGCUCCAGCCCCUGAGGAACCACCGGAGAAAGCCGCUGAACCGUCUCCUCCAACGCCAACGGGCCCACCGGAGCCAAAUGCACUCGUUUCCCCUGCCCCAAUUGGUCCCAUACUUCCUCCUGGACAAGCUCCCAAUGAACAGGAGAUGCUCUCUAAACUUGCGAACAUGAAACAGGAAAUCAAUUCUCUCAAUUCUCAAUGUUCGCUGCCCAUGGACUUCAACACGAAAGACGUGUUCAUUAAGAAGGAACCGGGUGAAGAAAUACCGGAGAGUCAGCCACCGCCACCAAAUGAGCAGCCACAGAAUUUGAAAUUGAAAAUUGAAAUCAAAUCGGAGGCGAAAUUGAUGCGGGAAAGUGGAACACCUUGUGGUCAUAUGGAUGGGCACGGUGAGAACAAAUAUGAUCCGGAAAAUUUGGCGAUGAAACCAGCCUACGAGAGUCACAUCAAGUUCGGUCCAGGAGAAGACGGCAUGAAGUACGGUGACAUGAAAUAUCCCCCGCCAUCGCAAGAAAACGCAAUGAAAUACGGACAGGAGGAACCUCUGGAGUAUGACAUGAAGCGUUUUAUGGAGCCCGGAAAGUAUCCCCCACAAGAUGGUGCACUGUCGAUGAAAAUCGUACCCCAAUCGAGUCACCCGAGUGCUGCCGGACCAGGUGGACCUCCCGACGGUCAGUUACCAAAAGGUUAUCCACAGGAUCUGUCGGGGUUGAGUAUGAAGUAUCCUCCGGCCGAUGAUCGGUCUAAGUUCACACAUUCACCCGCUUCCGACAGCGGCAGUACCGGAACGCCUUCCGGGUUGCCCCUCAUGCCAAAAAGUCACUAUCCGGACCAGCUGAGCAUAUUACGCCAGCAGUACGAUCCAGCGAUGAUGAAAUUCGAUCCCAUGGGCAAAUAUCAGGGACCAAAUGCACCAUUUGGGCAUCCAGGUAAUCAUCCUCCAGGUGGCGGUCAUCAAGGACCCCAUGGACAGCAUGGACCACCAGCGACAUCUCAACAGCAGCAACCUCAAGACUUGAAAUAUCUUCCGCCCGACUCCUUGUCCGGCAUGAAGAGCAGUUUCUCUGCAGACAAUCUGAUGAAGAGUUCAACGUAUUCACCGCUUGCCGAUCAGAAUCCGUUGGACGUCUCGGCGUCUUCUCGGUUGACUAUUACACCAAAUCAGGAUAGCCAGGGCAGUAAUAGUAACAACAGCAGUUCGCAAACUCCAAUGCACGGAAGUGUUGCCUCACCUCAGGCAGGACCGCCAAAUAUGCAACCAACGAGCGGCGGUUACCCAAGCCAUCUCGGCAUUGUUAAUCCUGGACUAAUGCCCAGCAAUCAUCCGUCACUUCACGGUUCGAAUUCGUCUCCGGCGCCCCCGUCGCAGCUGAGCCAUCCUCCUUCAGCUUCCCAAGGUGGACCUGGACUGCAUCAACCACAGGGUGGACCACCCCCGUCUCAUCCAUCGCAUCAAUCACAAGCUCAUCAGCAGCAGCAGUCGUCGGUUCAAUCCCAGCAACAGCAACCCCCACCUCAUAUGUUACCAAACAGUUUAUCUUCGCACAUGCAGAACAAUCCGUAUAUGCCCUCAUCCCACCGACAGCCACCACAUCAAUCGGACAGUUCUCGUCAUCAACAGAAUACCCCCACAUCAAGUGCCGCUUCGACGCCAACAUCUACGGCCAACACCAGUUCACAAUCUCCCGCGCCGAUGCGACCCUCGGAUCAACCUCACCCAAGAGAUCUUCCGCCAACGAGAGCAUCUCCCAUCAAUUCAUUGCUGCAGGGUGUUCCCCCACCACAUGGAAUGCUAUCGCAUCCUCUUCCGCUUCAUCUGGGUCAUCCAGGUAUGCAACUAUCGCAUCAUCAUGCAGCGCAUUUGGCUGGUCCCUUGGGACACGCAGGACUCUUGCCACCAUCUUUGGGAGGACCCACAGGUGCUCUACCACUUCUCGGUGGACCGACGCCGUCUGCUUUGGGUAGCUUGAUGGAGGUUGCAGGGGCUGGCCGAAGAUCCCCUUCGGUAUCCAACAAUCUCUCCGGACAUCAUCCCCCGACAUCUCUUCAUCAGCCCAGUCCUCUAGCUCAAUCUCCAUCAACCCCCACCGCACCUUCAAGUCUAAGUCGAUCCAGUCCCAGCGUACAACAACCAGGUGGACCUGGUGGAUUCCCACAGUCGCACCAUCUGCGAUCAAGCUCCCCGGCAAAUUCAACCAGUUCCAGCCUUAGUCGAGCAAGCCCAAUGCACCUCAGCCAUCAUCCGGCCGGAUCCUCAGCGGCUGCAGCGGCGGCAGCAUCUGCCGAACGGGAUCGUCAGAUAAUGCGUCAACAGUCGCCCCAUAUGACUCCUCCACCAUCAUCAUCCGCAUCCUCCUCGUCGCUAAUUUCGAGUCCGCUGAGCAAAAUGUACAGCCAGUCUGGCCAACGGUCACCACCGCCAAAUCAUCCGUUCAGGCCGGGAGCAUCACCACCAGUGAUUCGACACCCACAAAUGCCACUGCCACUUCCAAUGACUGGACCAAUUCCUGGGAUGCCUGGCACAGUGAUGCACCCCUCCCAGCCCUACCCUCUGAUGCAUCAUUCCCUGUACAAUCCCCACCAUCACAAUCCAUUCUUUGCGCCAUACCCCUACGGACCCGCCUACGGUCCCGGUUUCUCGUAUAUGAAACCAGCCGGUUCCCCGCUGGACAAUCCGAUGCUACACGGGCAUCCGACAAGCAUUCCACCACCCCGUCCAGAGGAUUCCCAAAUUCAUGGCAACGCCGGUGAUAAGAAUAAGGGCAAUGCGAAACCUCCUCAAAGUUCAUCCUCGUCUUCCUCCUCGCUGUCUGGGUCGAGUUCAAAACCACCUGGCUCGGCGGGAGGACCCAGCAGUAGCAGCAGCAGCAACCAAAGCAACAAUGGUCCACCUGGUGGACCCUCUCCUAACAGCAUCGGACCUCCGGGCGGCCCACUUAGUGGGAGUCCAUUCCAGGGUGCUCCCCAUCAUCCAUCUCCGUAUCCUCCCGGACCACAUAAUCCCUUCAUCGAAAAUCAAUUGCAAAUCAGCGGCAAAACCAGCCACAUGGAUGCGCUUCGAGCACAUGCCCAUGCGGCAGCUGGUGGUGGCUUGGGACCUCCACUCGGACAUCCUGGACAUCAUCCGGGUCAUGGUGCACCUCCCGGACAUCACGGGCCUCCCGGGCAUCAUUCGCACGGGAACGAACCGGUACAUAUCGAAACGCUGGAUAUUGAUCCCGACCCGGAACCACCGUCACCAGUGCACGACAUGAACCGUGGUCCAAGUCCGGAGGCGAAACCCGACGAUACUGAGUGCCAUCGGUCGCAAUCUGCAAUUUUCGUCCGACGAUGUGACCGAGGUGACUACAACUCCUGCUGCCGAACGGAUCUCGAAUUUAAACCUACCCCGGACUCGAAGCUCGCGCGGAAGCGAGAGGAACGCGAUCGCAAACUCGCCGAGAAGGAACGAGAACGCAAGGCGCAACAAGCGCAACAGCAGCAGCAGCAGCAACAACAGCAGCAAGCAGCUCAAGCACAACAACAGCACCAACAGCACCAGCAGCAACAAGCGGCAGCUGCCGCUGCAGCACAAGCGGCACAACAACACGGCAAACCCCCUGGUGGACCGGUUGGUUCACUCGGUGGCCCCGUUGGCCAUCCAGGGCAUCCUUCGUCGCAGCAACAGCCGAUGAAACCGGACAUCAAACCCUACCCGGACACGCCGGCGCUGCGACAACUCUCCGAGUACGCGAGACCGCACGUUGGUUUCAGUCCCGUGGAAACGAUGGUACCACCACCAUAUCAUCCACUUUAUAACAGAGAAAGGGACAUCUUUUUUAGGGAGUUUGAGGAGCUCAAGAGCCAACAGGGCAUGGGCCCUUCUAGGUUAGAACCGCACUGGAUGGAAUACUACAGGAUGAGAGGAAUGCACCCGUCACAGUUCCCUGCGCUGUAUGGCAACCCGGCCGCUCUGGCACAACUCGAACGCGAACGAAUAGGACGCCUAGAAGAACGAUAUCGUUUGAUUCAAGCGUGUAUUUUUGAAAGCAAAUAUCCAGCUUAAAAGAAAUGUACCUCUAUUGAUAAGGUGUUUUGUUUUUCGAAUUGCCAUUCCAGAAUCAUCAUUUGUUGUUGUUCAAAUAGAUAAAUUAUUCAAUAAAUUGUAGUUUGCAGCUAAAUACGUUUAAUAAUUCUACUUUCUUCUUCUUUUCGCUUCAUCGCAAAUGCGAAUACCAAACGCGUAUUUCUCCUCUUCCAGCCAACGUUCAGCAAUAUCCGAGGCCGAACGUGUUGAUGCCGAGGGACCCUCAUUCGGAAGUGCUCCUGCGUAUGUCCUAUGAUCCGCUACAGGUAAGGUUCCCGGGAUGGCCGCAGUAGUGAAGCCGCACCGAAACACACACAAAAACUAUUCAGCAAAGCCCUUCCUCAUCAAUAAAAUAAACCCCAACUAGCCGAUGAUAUAUUAUGAUAAUUGAGCAAAAUCCCCUUCUCUAUCUAUCUAUCCAUCUAUCCAUCUCUUUCUCAACAACAACCACCAGGCCGCUGAGUUCCAACGUCAAAGUGCAUUAGACCGCGCCCACUCGCUGCACGAGCAGUAUCUUAGGUAUUGAAAUUUUAUAUCCGUUAAUCCAUGUAUUGUUGAGCUGCUUUUCAAGCGCAUUUCGAGUAGUAGUGUUUUUGAUAAACCUCCUUUUUUGAUUUAUUUUUUUCAACCUCAAUUGAAUACACAUAUAUUUCUCGCAGAAAAGCGCCCUUUUCUAGCAGUUUUUUUUUUCUAGUUAUGAUCUGUAAACAAACAACUGAAACCCAUUUCGCUAAUGUUCCCUUGAAAUACAAUUUUUAGACAACACGAGAGAGAAAUGAAAGUAAGAGCACUGGAAGAGGCGGCUCGUGGCGGUAAACAUUGAGAAAGCAAAAUAGUGAUAAUAAAUGUAGAAGUAAAGAAAAAACAAUGAGAGAAAGAAAGAGAGAGAGAAUGUAUGCAACAACAAGAAACUAAGUUAUGUAAGUGUGUGUGCGUUUGCGCGGAGGUUGUGUACAUAUGUGUAUAUGUGAACGUGCGCUAGAUGACAAACAAGCAUUUUGCCGGACUGCCUGCAGAUGGCAACCCAACCCUAGGAAAAACACUCGACAAAAUAAGUGGAGGAACAGAGUGCGAAGUCGAAUUUUUUAGGUGAUUUUUAAAAUACUGUAAGUUUGUGAGAAAUCAACGCAUUUACAUUUAAAUAUUCAAUGGGAAUAUUUAAAAAAAAUAAAGAUGGGUGGUGUUCAAGACACGACCGCAUUGUUAACGCAGGACUACGAAAUUAUAGAUUCAAGCAUUAAAAUUUCAGUGCAAACAUUUGGUAGGGUCAAUGAACAAAUGCUUUCAUUGAGUGGGGGCGUGAACGUUUGCGAGGCAAUAAGACACCAAUUUGAGAAGAUUUCCAAAUAAACUCUCAGAAUUAACAUGUACUGUUGAUUGUCGCUGUCACUGACACUGAAACACUGAACUUACUGAAUAUCACAGUAGUUUUCUAGUAUAUCUUAGUAAAAUUACACUUCCCCAAAUAUAACGUCCCAAAAACACUCAGAACUUCACUGGGAUGGCGGCAACGACAGUAAUUUUUUCCUUCAGUUUUCCAUCGAAGUACGCACAUUUUCCUUUCACUCAUUGCUAUUCAUAGAGAGAUCCUAGAUCUAGAUCCAUGAUUCCUUAAAUUCAGGUUCGUCAAGUAUCGUAUCAAAGCUGCAGAACAGAUGAAUCACUAAUUAUUUAUAUUCCUAGAAACUUCUGAACCGAUAAACUUAACUAGUAUUUGUUAUUCUUAUCGCAUCUCCCACAGAGUUGUGCAAUGCUGAAAUUCUCGUCUCUUCCUUUUCACCGAAAAUUCUUUUCCAGAGAGAGGGAUGUGGCGAAAUCUCUCUCUCUCUCUCUAAAAUCCAACAAGAAUGCUUUUUUGUUUCUCUUUUAGUGCUGAAAAUAUGGAAAAUGAAACAAGGAGAAAAAAUCCAAAGCUAACUUGACCAACGUCAGACCCGUUGUUGGCGUGUAAGAUUCGCGCAAGAUACAAGAUUCUGAAAACGGAACCAUUUUUCGGCUAAUUAUAACUCUCCGAAAAAGAAAAAACGGCAUUGCGUUCUCGCGAAAAUCGAUGUGAGCGAUUUCCUAUUUUUCAUAUUUUCAACGAUUUUUUUAUUGCGGGUGAAAACGAUUUUUUUUUCUCAAGUAGACGAGCAUUUCGAUCUCUGCGCGCAAGAAAUUGAAAACGGGCGGAGCUUGAAUUGCAAUAUUUUCUCUAUUUACACUGUCCGUAGAACGAAUGUUACAUUUGCUAUUUCGAUUUCAUGAAAACGUGCCCUGUUUCAUGAUUUGGUGCCAUUACUGAAAGACAUAGACUUACGGCAAAAGAAUAAGGUAACGUUUCUCAGGUUUUCGUUAUGGUACAUACAAAAAAGUUUAAAAUAAAGUCUGGUUGCCGCAGGUUGAGUAUAGCUAUUGUGAAACCGAUAUUUUAUGGCGAUUUUAAAAUUUGAAUGAAAAUUUCGUCAUCUUUGAUGAUGAAUUGUUCAGUAAAUAAUGAUAGUACCGCAAAUCGUAAGACAGUUUCGAAAACUCCAAUAUAUUCUGUACAAGGAUAACUUGACAAACAAAAAAUAUUGAAAUUUUUGGCAUCGAUUUCAAAAAAGUGCCAAAAACAGGAUUUUUAUAGUGUUUUAUUGAAUUUACUGUAAUUCUGCGAAUAUUGCAGUAAGUUAUAAUGUUUGCAGGUUAAUUUUAAGCCGAGUAUAUCCUCUAAACCCCAAUAUAUUGAUACGUUUUGCCGUUUUUUCUAGCCGAUCGAUCAACAUUUGGAGUUAAUAAGAGGAAAACUUCAUCGCAAAUUGUACUAGAAGUUCAAAAUGCUAUGCGUACGUUAUAGGAAUCAGCUGGAAGUUGGUUGAUAAAGUUAAUUGAAUUUGUUGAGUUAAUUGGCGAAAAAUAUGUUAUUCCACCAAAUCUUCGAAAAAACAUAAAGAAAUCGAUUUGUUAUUUCUACCCGAUAUUUUUGUCCUCUUCAUCUACAGACAACAAGAUAUUUUUUUUUUUCGUAAAAUAUUCCAAAACUUGAUUAUGCUCUAAAAAGAUAUACAUGCCAUCUCCAUGCAUUGAUUUUUCACGAAGUUACAGCAUUUAAAAAACCACCUAAAAAAUUCAACUUUGCAGUCUGUUCCUCUCAUUUUUUGUCGAGCGUAUUUAGAACCAAACUCUAAGCACAAAUUUAUUCUCGUUGGCAAAGCGAAGAAUCUUUUUAAAAAAUCGAAUUCACGAUGUUUGAGUUCGCCUGUAUCCUGUUUUCAGACCAAGACCAGCGUUUCCAAGUUGAGUUCCGUCGCAACGCAACAAACAAUAGGGAAUCUAAAUCAAAGAUGAUAACUAAUGACAACCAACCAUGUGUUGUAGAGAGGAACACUAUCGAUAAUAAUUCGAACGCGAGAAAGUCAACAGAAAUAUUUAAAACAAAACAAAGAAAAAACAAGAAGAGGUAAAACAAUUGCAAACCAUUUGUAUGACUGUAUGAAAACAAAAUGGUAGUUAGUAAGUAGACACGCAUAUAUUUUAUAUUUAUGACUACGCUAGCAAGUCUUUCUCGGAGAAUCGAUUCCAACUGUCGAACCUGAUAUAUAUAUAAAUACAGACAGACAGACAGAUUAAAAUCGAGUCCCCAUACCCCCAAGGGGGGCACAUCUUACGGCGUAUAAUUUAAAACCUAAUCAAAUCUUACAUUUCGCUUCUAAAUUUAAGAAAAAGUAAAUUUUCGAAAUCUUCUGAGUGUCUAUAUCAUCGAUAUUAUCGAAGGAUCAAAUGUGUAUUAUAAUAUAUAUAUAUAUAUAUAGGAGUUUUGUUUCGUUUGUGCUUGUGCGCGUGAUUAGCUAAGAAACAAACAAACAAACAAA